AUGAUAAAAGUGGUAGAAGCGGUGGUCUUGUGCCGAGAUCGUCUGGCGCGUCACCUCCGCCUGACUGGCUUUUGGCGUGGCGACAGCUCAUUUCAGUUGUCAUCGCUACCAGACAUCGGCGAAUCAGCCCAGUUUGCCUCCAGACACGAUGAGACCGGUGAGUUUGCGGCUGUUGAAAGACUCGACUCUGCCAGCCGACGAGAGGACGUAUUUCGUCCGGACCCAUUCCAUCGUUCCGUCGUUCCGUCGUUUCGUCGCUCCGUCGUUCCGUCGUUCCGUCGUUUCGUCGUUCCAUCGCUCCGUCGUUUCGUCGUUCCGUCGUUUCGUCGUUCCGUCGUUCCGUCGUUUCGUCGUUUCGUCGUUCCGUCGGUCGGUCGGUUUGUCGGUUUGUCGGUCUGUCGGUCGAUGGAGGAGGUGUACAGACAUGCCCGCCACUCGGGCCACUCGAGCCAGGUACCGUCGCGACAGGUCGAGGGGGCGAACUCGACGUGGACCGGCUCGCCGCAUUCGGAAGCGGGACUCGGACUCGAGGGUCUGUUCUGGUGCAAUGGGCUGCUCGGCUUGCAGCUGCUGCUCCUCGGCGUCUGGUGGUGGGUCUGUGCCGUGCGCGCCUACUUCGACGAGCUGGCCGCAAUUGGCGCCGGCAACGGCGACACCCAGUCUAAAGGCGACGGCGACGGCGACGGCGACGGUGACGGCGAUCGCCGUCGACGGGGUCGUCCGACGAACCGGCGAGCUCGACAGGCGGAGGGGGUGGGCAAGAUGAUGGCCGGCGUGAUCGGGCUGGCCGGCGACGGGUUGCUGGUGGCUCGAGGACGCAGUUGGGCGUUCGCCAAUCCCACCGUCUACUCGGGCCUCUUGACGUCCGGUCUGGUCGACCUGCUGGACGCGGUCGCCGGACUGCCGUUGCCCUCGGGCCUGCGCCAGGCCGGACACGCCCUCCUCUUCGCCCAACUAGCCGUCACUCUACGAGCCCAGGCGACGGCGACGACAAUGGCGACGGCGACGGCGACGGCGACGGCGACGGCGACGGCCGCGAUGGCUCGCUGGGGCGUGCUCGCCUCGACGUGUCGUCUGGUGCAGAGCCAUCUGGCCGGCCUGGCCGUCUGCCUCAUCGGCUUCCGGCUCCAUUCGCCCAACUCGCUCUUGGCCCAAUUGGCCGAGGCGUUCGCCACCUGCCUUCAAGCCGUCUGGUUCUGCCAGUCGGCAUUCGUGCUCGACCCGCCCCACUCCGGCCACACCCGAUUCGCCGGCUCCGUCGGCCUCGCCCUUCCCACCGACUCCACCCACGACGCCGUCAUGUUGCUCACCGUCCUGCUCGCCUGGUCCAUGAUCCUCCUCAUGCUCGGCCUGCUCGCCGUCUACCUCGGCCUCAUGCUCAUCCGACGACGCCAUCUUGUCUCCUCUCACGUCUACACUCACACACACACACCCGCCAACACACACAUGCAACGUCGACCACAGCGAUCCGACACCUCGAACUCCUCCGUCCGUUACACCCUCCUUCUACCCGAGCCAGACAUACCCAGCCACGGCUAA